AUGGCGUGGCCGUGUAUCACCCGCGCGUGCUGCAUGGCCCGGUUCUGGUCUCAGCUGGACAAAGCCGACAUCUCGGUGCCUUUGGUCUUCACGAACUACUCGGACGCGUGCGACACGGUCCAGCCGCGCGCUCAUCCCAGAGCAAGCGGGGUCGCCAUAGAAACGCAGCCUGGCGGCGCUGGGAGCGCGCAGGAGGUCGUCUCUAAAGGCCCGGGCGCGCCCACGACGGCCGCGUCCAGCGAGAGCGCGCAGGGCUCCGUGAUGCGUCAGGACUUCAAAGCAUGGAACGUGCGUCGCGAGCCCAGCUGCAAGCCCAAGCGCGAGUACCACGAACCGGAUGUGCCCUUGUGCACCGAGACGCAGUACCAGAAGGACUUUAAGCCGUGGCCUAUUCCGCGCAGAGAUCACCCGUGGAUCCCCAAAGCCAGCCGCGCGGAGCAGGACGGCGGCGUGGAGAAGGGCCAGAUCGCUGACAGAGUGCAGGAGAAGGAGAUACUGAAGCGGAGGCAGGCCAGGAAGACGGAAGACCGGACCGACAAGGGGUCAGAGGUCAAGCACGAGCCGCAGAAGUUCGGAGGACGGGCGGCCGCCGACGCGCUCAAUCGGCAGAUCAAAGACGAGGUCGGCACCGAAAGUUCCCACAGGCGGGAGACGAGCUACAGCGCCAGCUACAGGGGAGAACAGUCCACCGUGCAGCUGAGUGAUACCGAUAACAAGGCGCAGGACAGGAGGAGAGUGCGCAUGCUGUACAGCCAGCCCCACUUCGAGACCGCUAAAGCGGACAGAUCCAGUCUCCCGCGCUCCAAGCCGAAAAAGCCGCCGUCCUCUUCGUCCACUCGCGGUAAAGCGGUGAAGAAGUCGAAGGAGAAGCAGGUGGCGCCGGGGUCGGUGCGCGGCUCCAAGAAGAAGAGCGCUGAGAACCAGCGGCCGAGCGACAAGGAGAAAAGUAAAGAGAUGAACAACAAACUGGCUGAGGCGAAAGAGCUCGUGCUAAAACAGCAGCACUACAUUCAGCUCUGUCAGCCAAUCCGAGAUAUCGGUUGGGUGCAGACGCUAAAGCAACACCUGUGGCGCUGCGCUCUACCUGACCCAAGUGAAUCAGAGUCUGCAGUUGGACGAGUCAGCGAUUUUUAUUCCUCUGGGACUUCUGGAGGAGAGCAGGAGCCACAGGAACCUCGCAGCAAGGCUGUAGUGCGCUUCGCCCCUGAUGUUAAAUACUGAGAGAGAGAAAGAGAGAGAGACAGACAGACAGACAGACAGACAGACAGAAAGAGACAUGUAAUGUUCACUACUUAGCAAUGUUUAGGUUUUAUGGCAAUACAUCUAGAAUAUUUAUUUUUCAAAGCUGUUUGAUUUCUGUUGAUGAUCAGCAUCAACAAUCUGGAUGAAAACACACACACACACACACACACUCACACACACUCACCUUUACACUCAGCUGAUUCUGCUCUCUGUAACAGAAAUAAGGCGAGAAAUGAAGCACAUAUUGGAAUAUUACAGUACUGUAUGUAUAUAUAAUGUAUGUAGUAUAUAAUAAUUAUGAAACGCACUCCAGAGCUUCCUUAUAAUAAAGUCACGAUGAUUAUUUUCUGCAUAGACUGUUUGCAAAGUUUGAAAUGGUGCUAAGAGUUUGCUUUCAGUUCACACUGUCCACGCUUGAGAAUAAUGCUGUUAAUAUCACAGAGAGAGAGAGAGAGAGAGAGAGAGAGACCAUCAACACCAUGAAGUGCUUCCUUAACGUACAUGUACAUCAUCACUGUAUAAAAAGUCAUCGUGUGAAUAAAAACGCA